AUGAGGCUAGUUUUCUUGCUUCGUACCCAUUUUUUUACGCACCAAUUAACCAACAAAAAUUAUCAUGCCAAUAAAAAAAAGAAAAAGGCACCCUAUGAUCCCAUUGAAAUUUGUCAAGAACUUUAUGAAACUAUCCGCAAUUACAAAACUGAGGAUGGUCGCUUGUUGUGCGAGGCUUUCAUUAGGGCGCCUAAACGAAGGACUGCUGCCGAUUACUAUGACGUGGUAAGCACACCCAUCGACCUCCUCAAGAUCCAACAAAAGCUAAAGACAGAUGAAUAUGAAGAACUUGAACAAUUUGCUGCUGAUAUUGAACUCAUGGUCAACAACACCAAAGCUUAUUAUCGUAAAAAUUCUCAGGAAUACAAAGAUGCUUGUGAUUUAUGGGAAAUAUUUCAAACUACUCGAAAUGAAUUGCUGUCUGAGGCAUUUGGUGAUCCCUCCCCAGCUCCUAGCUUACCACCUGUCACAGCUGUCUCUGGCACUACCACCAUGACUACAACUACAAGCAGCUGUACAAUGGUGGCAGCAGCGGCUGCAGCAUCAGUUACUGUGGCUGCAACUGCUGCAUCUGUCACUACUGUUGCUACCACUACCACGCCUACCACUCCUGUUCCUGAAAGACGUCGGAGUGCUCGAAAGAAUCCUAAUGAUGGUGGACAGAUUCAAGAAGAGGAGGAGGAAGAGAUGAAGGUGGAACCUCCAGAGACACCAACUCACACAGGACCUCUGUCCAGUGAAGAUGUCAUGGAAAUCAACCAGCUCUACACUGCCAUUAUUUCUGCCAAAGAUGGAGAGCGUGAUAUUAGUGAAGUUUUCCAGAGACUUCCACCAAGAUCUUAUCCUAAAUAUUAUGAAAUCAUCAAAGAUCCCAUUGACCUGAAACUUAUUGGCCAACGGAUUCAAGAUGGUUACUACUCCAAUGUUGCUGCUUUAGAGAAGGACCUGCUGCUGAUGAUCAAGAAUGCUAAGACGUUCAAUGAACCACGCUCCCAGGUUUACAGGGAUGCAGUCACAUUGAGGAAAAUAAUUGCUUCCAGGAAGCAUGAUUCUGAUGCCCGAAAGGCUGUGAAAAGUAGUGCACGAAUAAGGGAACUGCAGAAUAUUCAGAAAACUUGUGUUAAAGAACAAUCAGAAGAUGAAAGUGAUCUUGGUGGAUGGCAGUCCCAAGUAAACCAAUGUGAAGAAGAAUCAUAUGGUUCACAAAAAGACCGAUCAUUUUGGUCUUUAUAUUUCUCUGUUAAAAACUAUAAAAAUGCCAUGGGCCAAAACCUUGCAGAACCAUUUUAUAAGUUACCCAGUCAGAGGCAGUAUCCUGACUAUUAUGAAGAAAUAAAGAUGCCCAUGGCUUUAUUCAAUGUACGGAAAAAGAUCAAGAAACAAAAGUAUGAAACACUUGAUGAAUUGGCUGCUGAUUUGAACUUAAUAUUUGACAAUGCAAAACAUUAUAAUACUGAUGAGUCUUCUCUGUACAAGGAUGCUUGCCGCUUGCAGAAGAUCAUGAUGGACAAGAAGAAGGAACUCGAAAAGUUUGAGGUAAAACCAACUUGUUGCAGCCUGUGUCAGACAAACACCCAGGCAACAUGUUGUCCGGCGACUAACUGCAGGAGCGCCACUCUCCGGCCACAUCAGUCCACAGUAGCUGGCCUACACUCAUGUAGAGAUGUUGCUGCUAGUUCGGCUAUGACCAACAGUUGCUGUGCUGGUGAGCACCUCCAGGCAGUAAAAAUGGAUCGGGAUGCUUGGGAAGAUGACCAGACUCCACGAAGCUUGAAAUCUCGCAAGAGCUUGCCCAGCUCAACAGAGUUGGAAAAGAAGAAACUCUUGCGUAGAAGCAAUGUUGCAGGAGAGAAUGUGCUCACCAAACGCCUCUGGAUGCUCUACAAGUCCGUUUUUGAUUUCUGUGACUCAAAUGGUCGUUAUUUACGUGAAAUCUUUAUGACGCUUCCUUUAAAACGCGAUUAUCCCGAUUACUAUCGGGUGAUUAUGGAGCCAAUCGAUAUGACAACUAUUGAAAAUAAAAUUAAAUGUGAAAAGUAUGUGAGUGAAUUGAAGCUGAUCUCUGAUUUUGAGCUGAUGUUUAGUAAUGCUCGUCAUUACAAUGAAGAAGACUCUCAGGUCUACCUAGAUGCAGACACUCUGGAACGAGUACUCAAAAACAAAUGGAAGUCAAUGAUGUCCCAUCCAGAGACUGCCAAAAAACCACCCAGUAAAAGCAAAUCACGAAGUAAAUGCGUUUCGCCAUUGUGCAUGAAACUUCAGGAUCUGUUUGACACAAUCAAAGACCAUGCUGAUUCUCGUGGGCGUAUGCUGUCUGCGCCAUUCCUCAAGCUGCCCCUUAAAAGUGAAUAUCCCGAUUACUAUGAAGUUAUCAAGAGGCCCAUUGAUAUGCAGCGUAUCCAGCAACGAGUUGCCAGUAAUCAGUAUGAAUCUAUUGAUGACAUGGUAGCAGAUUUUGUACAAAUGUUUGAUAAUGCUUGCAAAUACAAUGAACCAGACUCGCUCAUCUACAAGGAUGCGUUGACUUUACAGCGAGUUUGUUUAGAGAAGAAAUUGGAGCUAAGUCUUGAUGGUGUGAAUGAGGUCCCAGAUGUGCAAGCCAUUGUACAAGAGCUGAUGACAAACCUUUUCAUUUCUGUUUAUAAUUAUCAAGACGAAGAGGGUCGCUGCUACAGUGAUUCUUUUGCUGAACUUCCUGAAAGAAAUCCUGAAGAGGAACUUGAGGCUGGUGUUGAUAAAGAAAAACCCUUGACCUUUGACCAGAUUAAAAGAAAUUUGAACAAGGGAUGCUAUGCACGGGUUGAUCGCUUCCAAGAAGACAUGUUUAAAGUAUUUGAGCGAGCACGGCAGUUAAGCAGAAUAGAUUCACAACUGUAUGAAGAUGCAGUCGAAAUGCAGUUAUUCUUCAUCAAGAUCCGUGAUGAAUUGUGCAAAAAUGGUGAAAUAUUAUUGACGCCAGCACUGAGUUACACAGAAAAGCAUUUGCAAUCAGCACUGGAAGCUGAGAAACGAGAAAAACUACCCAAAGAACAGCAAGAUGAUGAGAAGAAAAAAGCACAAGACACGGAUGAGAAGAUGUCCUCUGUCGUUGAAGCAGGAACAGAACGCAGUAUGAAAUACAGGGACCAAGUCUACAAUAUUGGAGACUUCGUGUAUGUAGAGCCAAGGGAGAAAGGAUUAGAAGCCCAUGUGAUGUGCAUUGAGAAGUUGUUCCAUGAUAACACUGGUUCUCCUGCUCUCCAUGGCAACUGGUUUUAUAGACCAAAUGAAACUUUUCAUUUGGCCACUAGAAAAUUCCUUGAAAAGGAAGUAUUUAAGAGUGAUUUCUCCACAACCAUUCCAUUAUCCCAGGUGAUGGGGCCAAAAUGUUACGUAAUGUUUGUCAAAGAUUACUUCAAAAUGAAACCAGAGGGCUUUGCUGAUAAAGAUGUGUAUGUGUGUGAAUCUCGUUACAAUGCCAGGCAUAAAGCUUUCAAGAAAAUCAAGGUUUGGCAAGUCCCUCCUAAUGAUACUGUUAAACUCACUCCUCGUGAUCAAGUGCUGUCACCUGUGCGUGUGGCCUCAGUUUUUGCUGACAAAACCAAAGAAAAUGAGAAAGAGGACCUAGAUGAUGGUGUCUAUCGCCUUUUAGACAAAACUAGAGAGAAUGUUGAGGUGGAAGUAUCUAGUCAAGAAUAUGCUGGAAACAAAUAUUAUGAACAGUACAACAGUGCCAGUGGCUGCUUUAAAUUAGGUGAUUGUGUUUAUAUCAAGUCUACAGAAGAGAAACCCUUCAUUGCUCGGAUAGAUAAAAUAUGGCUGACUGCAGAGGGAAACACUUUCUUCUACGGUCCCCUAUUUGUUAGACCAUCUGAUGUGGAACACUCUCCUACACGCAUGUUCUAUUGUCGUGAAGUUUUCUACAGCUGCAAGGAGACCUCCUUCCCUGCUAUGACUGUCAUUGGCAGAUGUGCUGUUUUGCACAUUAAAGAUUACUGUUCAUAUCGUAUCACAGAGGUGCCUGAAGAUGAUGUUUACAUCUGUGAAUCAAAAUAUCUUGAGAAUGAAAGAAGUAUCCGAAAGCUUGCCAAAGGAUUAAAGAAAUAUUCCCUGUCUCCCAAAGUCACUGAUGAUGAAUUGUACUUUUUCAAGAAGCAUAUUGUCCCUCAAAAGGAGCCCUCACCAUUACUUCCGGAAGCUGUUGAUAUGGAAGAUAUUGAAGAUGAAGAGAAGAUGGAUUAUCCCCUUGUGACGACUCCUAACAAGAACCUGAAUGUAUCUUAUGAGGAGACGCCCUUGCCUGAGAAAUCCGGUAAAAAAGAUGGCACAACAGGAUCAAGAAAGACAAAUCCUAAAAGUGCCAAUAAUAUUCGAAGACAGCCAAGUGGUUAUAUUGUGUUUGCGGGAGAAAUCCGUAAACAGAUUCAACAGGAAAAUCCAGAUUGUUCAUUUGGGGACAUUAGCCGAAUUGUUGGCACCAAGUGGCGUAAUUUAAGUAAAGAGGAAAAGGAACGUUUUGAAGAGAAAGCCAAAAAAAUAGCUGAAGAACAGGCUGCAAAACAGGAAGCUGCUGAGAAAGCGUUCAAUGAUUCUUUGAACAAUCCUCAAAGUCCUUGGUCUGAUUACAGCCGAAGUAUGUCUCCAGCUGCUGGCCCUCCUGGCACCAAUGGUCAGCCAUUGCCAGGCAAUUUCCAGAACCAGUUUGGAUUUCAAGCUUAUCCAGGUGUGCCCCACCAUCCUGGUCUGGCAGGUAGCGGCACGAUGCAGCAACGAGGUGUCCCCAGUAUGUCCCUGGCACCAGGCCUCAGCAACAAUGUCAGCGGAAUGAGUGGUGUGCCCCCAUCUGGAGUCCAGCAGCAGCAGCAGCAGCCGCCUCAGCCUCCACAGACACAGCAAGUCCAACAGCAGCAACAGCAGCAGCAGCGCUCUCCCUAUAUGUCGCCCUAUCAUCAACAUCCACCUCCACCACACCAUCACCAACAUCAUCAUCACCCCGGCAUGCGGUAUCCAGGAACACAGCCGCCACCUCCUCCACUACCAGGCAUGUCCUCUCAGAAUCGAAUGUCUCCUAUUACCCACCGCGGGAUGGUCCCAGCCCCAGGCAUGUCCCCUAGUCCCUAUCCGGCUCUAGUCCCCCAACACCCUAACUCGAGCAUGAUGAAUGCUCCUUCAAUGAGCAUGCAGGCUGUACGAAUAAAUAUCAUGCAUCAGCAACAACCCAUAAUGGGUGUAGCCAAUGCUGUGCUGCCUAUGAUGAUGUCACGUAGCCCUCAGACCAACAAUCCAUCUGAGCUGAUGAUGCCAGAGCAAGGUGCCCAGCACAUGGCUCCUCCUCCACAACCUCGUCCACCUUCUCCAAUGUUUGUUUCAGUGCCACCCAGAACACAACGACUUCUACACUCAGAGGCAUACAUCAGAUAUAUUGAGGGUUUGAGCACAAGCAGCAAAAAUGUGAGCGACUGGAAUAAGUCUCUAAUUGCCACUCCUGAAUCUACAACUGCACCAAAUGAGAAACUAUUAGCCGAACCAUUCCGUUUGAAGCAUUAUAAUCAGUUGAUGCUGCCAUCUGUUGUGUAUCUGCACCAUUUACAACUGUUGAUUGUGCAGCCGAAUCCCACCUGCAUUUAA